UGAUGUUUUAUGUUUGAAAUGUUUGUUGUGUUUUCGAAAGAACAUUUGCAGGAACCUGGGUUAAAUUGAUUUUUAUUUAAAGGAGAAAAAUCAAAGGCAACCUAAAUUAUAAUAAAAUGUUUGAUGCACGGAGCAGAUACAGACCUCCAUCUGUCGAGAAAGUUUUGUGGUUUGAAUUUUUAUUAAAUCCUAAUCUCUUAGAAAAAUAUCUUUCGGAACCAAAUUCAGAUCCUGGUCCAACUGAUUUGAUAAUAAAAUUUUUGGGGAAUUCCAUGUCUCCAUCAAAUGUAGAUCAAGCUGGAAAUAUGAAUCAUAAUCAACAUGGCAAUACCUCCCCUUUUACACUCUCACCAAUGUUUGGAAAUGGCUCUGAAGAGAUGGUUACUGACAAUGAACAUUCUAAAAAUGGCAGUGAUGACAAAGAAAGCAAGAAAAAAUUGGCAUUGAAAUUAUUAGCACUUAAAGUUGCUGCUUUCUUACAGUGGGAUCUAAACAUAUUGGAAAAAAGAUUACCUCUGACUAUGCAGCAAGCCCUUCUUAGUGAACUCCUUAAAAUCAGUGGUGGUGAUCCAAAUUUUAAUGCCAUGACUGCCAGUGAUUUCACUGGAGAUGGAUUGUUUGCUUCCAUUUUAUAUAACACUUGGGUUUUAAGAGCUGUUAUUGAAGGAAGUUUUCCAGUAAAAAGUCAAAAAGGUCUUAAUGUGCAAUUGCCAGGACAAAUGGAUCCUUCAAUUAUAUCACCAGCUGUUGUAGAGUCAAUUAUGAGAAAGUUGUGUGAUGAAGCUGAAAGAUCUACAGUUGCUUUAGAAUCAUUUUUGGAUUCAAACAAGAUUGUUCGGAUGCCACUUCUGAAUUGCUUUGGUUCUUUGACAUCGGAAUGCCCAAAUCCUGUUAACAAGUGGGAGGAAGGCCUCAUUUUGCAAAAUGAUGAUGUCAUCUGCCAAAUUUGCUAUGAUUUGGGACGGUAUUAUUUCUUUCAAGAAAAGUAUGAAAGUGCUAGCAAGCAUUUCAUUAAAGCUACAGAAAUCCAUCCUAAACUGAAAGAUCCUGUGUUUUGUAAGCUAGAUGCUCCUAAAUUAAAAGGAUUUUAUGAUGCUUGCGCCCAUAUACUUGGAUAUCAGAAAUCUGAUGCCUCAACUCCUCUGAAGGAAACUCUACAAACUUCUGUGAAGGAAGGCCACAAUAAAACAAUUGAUAUUCUGAAGAGUGAUAAUUUAAAAAUGGAAUUACCUCUUUCUCUGAGAGAUGCUGUUGAACUUAGUAUUUUGCGAGAGUACGAAGGAAAAACUGAUUUGUUGCUGUAUGUAAUUUUUUCAAAUGCAAUAAGGCGAACUAUGAGUGGUGAAGCUGUGAUUAGUAAUUGGAACUCAUUUUUGAAAGUACAUGAAGAAAAAUCAUCUUUAGUAUUAUGUGAAUUAUUGAAAGAUGUCAUUCCUAUUGCUACACCUGAAAUGAGAUUGUACUUAAAAAAUUUUGCCAGAACUUUGUGCUUGACAUCUAUCCCUGCAAAACAACUUAUGAAGAAAUAUGAAAAGUAUUUAGGCAUGCUUUUCACUAAUGAAGAAUUGGAAACUCUUUUUGCAUAUGGUCCAACUGCAAAGCGUGAAACAUUUAAAUUUGAUAAAAGCUUUACUGAUGAUCUUAAUGUUCAGAUCACAACAUUUGAACGCCGCCUAUUGACUUGCACAGAAGCUGUCAACACCAAACAUUUAGUGAAUCAACUUCGUGCAAAAUAUAACCAUAUGCACUUAUGGACAUUAAAUAAAAAGUGGGAAACACCUCUUGCUGUGAAUAUAUUUUUGAAGAAUGUUCCACCUAAUGUUGAUCAAGAAAUGAUACAUAUUUUACUAGCUAAAGCUGCUGAAUUACGAGCAAUAAAGAAGUACAGCGAAGUUCGUCAGCUAUAUCAGAUGAUUCAGUCAGAAGUUCGAAAUUCUUCCCCAAGACUGAGUCGAUUCUUAAAUUGGGAACAUUUACGUUUAGACUUGUUAGAGAUUUUGGAUAUGCCUGUACAUGUUUGCCAGUCAUCCCAUUAUAGAGCAGAAAUUGUUCAAAGAAUAAUGUCAUUGUUAGCAUCUUACAAAAAAGAAAGAGAAGUUCCACCUGAUCCUAAUUUAAUGGAACUAUGUUCUGCCGUUCUCCUCAAUUUCCGUGAAUGGGACAAACUCAUUGAAGUUGAACAUAAAGUUGACUUUUAUCUCCAAUUUGCGAAGAUUGUUGCCAGUGUCUGUAAGGAAGUUUCAAAUAAAGGUGGAAAGAAUUUCACUAAAGAAUUGUGGGAUACAAUUCUUCCUAUCUUUUCUAAUCCUGUAAGUAAUCAGCACAAAAGAACAGCAUCUGGAAUUUCUAAAGAUUCAUCUCGCGAUUCUUCCUCAGCCAUUAUGAACAGAACACAAUUGUUUCAAUUUGUCAAGAAAUUAAAAGAUAUUUUAGUUUUGGGAAUCAUCAUCUCAUGCUUAGCUAAAUUUUAUAACAUACUGAAGGAUGAUUCAGUUGGUGAAAUAUUCUUGGAAUAUCAAGGACUGUGGCCAGCUGUUAUCACAAAUUCUAGCAAUUUCAACAUGGCUGCUGUUGGAGAAGUUUUCCAAAAUACCUUACAUCAUGCUUUAUCAGUUCAUCCAACACACACUGCAUGGCUUCGUACAAAAGGAGAUGUUAUGUAUGUGCAAGGUCAUUAUGCUAGUGCUCUGAAGUAUUACAUUUCUGCUGCAAUGGUUAGUAGUGAUUACUUUAGCUUGCCCUUGCCAAAAGCUAUCUUCGAUGAUUUACAAUAUAAGCAUAUGAUUCAUUGCUGCACCAAAUUGCAAAAUCAUACUCAGGCAUCUGUUUUGCACCAGUUUCUUGAAGAGCCUAAUUAUUCUAUGGCCUUCAAAGCUUUGGGUGAGAGAGUGUGCAAUGACAGCUGUGACACAUACUACUCAUGCAUCUGGGAUGUGACACUUUUAGAGUUUCUUGUUAACCAUCACACCAAGAGAGGGGAGUUAGACUGUAGGCAGCAGGUCAUUCAACUCAUUGGGCAAUUAGAAUUGAAUUCCAACAACAAUGAAGAAAUUCAAAGGGAAGCUGCCAGUCUGAGGAAAGGAUGGUUUUUAAGAGCUAUGGCCAGGCAGUAUUUAUAAAAGUGAUAUUAUGCCUCAUUGUGGGUGGUAUGGGAAGUUUCUCAAGUAAUUUCAUUGUAUUAUAUCAUAUAUAUAAUUGUAAAUAAACAUUUAAUU